UUGUACCACUUUAUUCAUUUUUACUUUCCUGUUCUAUCAUUUUUCUUCAUUUUUAAACUUCCUAUUUCUAUUGUUGCCGAUUCUUGAUACCUUCAAAAUCUCUCUCACUCAACCAUGGCGAAUUCAGCGAAUUUAGAUGCGGAGAUUGAGCGAUUGCUUAACGUGGAGAAACAGAUGAGGCUUGCCGGUGAAGUAUCCGGUACUAGAAAAGCCGCUAUUGACAUUUUGCACCUUUGCUUUGAAGCGGGUGCUUGGAAAACCCUCAAUGAUCAGAUUGUCGUUUUGUCCAAACGACGCGGUCAGCUUAAGCAGGCUGUAACAGCUAUGGUCCAGCAAGCUAUGCAAUAUAUUGAUCAGACACCGGAUAUUGAAACUCGCAUAGAACUCAUCAAAACAUUGAACAGUGUCUCUGCAGGGAAGAUAUACGUUGAGAUUGAGAGAGCUCGAUUGGUAAAGAAACUUGCCAAGAUUAAAGAAGAACAAGGGCUUAUAGCCGAGGCUGCUGAUUUGAUGCAAGAAAUUGCGGUGGAAACUUUUGGUGCAAUGGCAAAAACUGAGAAAAUUGCAUUCAUUCUUGAACAAGUUCGAUUGUGCCUAGACCGACAGGAUUAUGUUCGUGCACAAAUACUCUCAAGAAAGAUAAGUCCAAGAGUAUUUGAUGUAGAUGCAUCUAAGGAAAAGAAAAAGCCCAAAGAGGGCGAUAAUAUGGUUGAAGAGGCUCCUGCAGACAUACCAUCUCUACUGGAGUUGAAGCGGAUUUAUUAUGAACUAAUGAUUAGGUAUUAUUCCCACAACAAUGAUUAUCUUGAAAUUUGCCGUUGCUACAAGGCAAUAUAUGAUAUUCCAUCAGUCAAAGAAAACCCUGCUGAGUGGAUUCCUAUCCUGAGGAAAAUAUGUUGGUACUUGGUUCUAGCACCACAUGAUCCAAUGCAAUCAAGCCUUCUCAAUUCCACAUUGGAGGAUAAGAAUCUAUCUGAGAUUCCAAACUUUAAGCUACUUUUGAAGCAGCUGGUCACCAUGGAAGUCAUCCAAUGGACAAAUCUUUGGGAUACAUAUAAGAAUGAGUUUGAGAGUGAGAUGGUCUCCGGAAAGUUUUUGAGUGAAAAAGCAGCAGAAGAUCUGAAACAAAGAAUUAUUGAACAUAAUAUUCUCGUUGUAUCAAAAUACUACGCAAGGAUUACUUUGAAGAGACUUGCACAACUUUUGUGUCUCAGCCUACAGGAAGCUGAGAAGCAUCUUUCAGAUAUGGUUGUGUCCAAGGCUCUAGUUGCAAAGAUUGAUAGACCGAUGGGAAUAGUUUGUUUCCAAACAGCAAAGGAUAGUAACGAUAUUCUUAAUUCCUGGGCAGCAAACUUAGAGAAGUUGCUUGAUCUUGUUGAGAAGAGCUGUCAUCAAAUACACAAGGAAACCAUGGUCCACAAAGCAGCUUUGAAGGUUUAAGAAGGGUCUCCUCAAUAUGUGGUUUUGGACUGAAGUUGCCCAAUCAGAAAUGUUGUUUAUUUGAAAUCUUGCCCACUGUGUUAGUGAGGAAUAUAAUUAAACAAUUGUCUCUUCCAUUUUAUAUUUUACCAUUCAUGUUCAGGGUAGAGAGGAUAUAUGAUUUAGUACUGCAAGUAGUUUUGUUGUAUACUACUUUUAAGAAAUUGAGUGUUUGUUCAUUUAUAGGCUAAUCCUAAUAUGGACCAUGGUCCAUUGGGAACUUGUUUUAAAAAAUGUUUAAUACUUCAACGAUAAAAGACCUCGUUUCUUACAAGUAGAUUUUAAUGAUUA